UUUGCAAAGCAUGCGCUUUUUUUUUUUUGCCGAGUAUGCAUUUAUUCUCGGCAUGUUGAAAGAAACUAAUAUCAUGAAAAUUCCUUUAGCAAUGGCGAAGACGACUUCGAUCGCUCUUUUAGCGUUAUCAGUAGUCAUUCAAGGACUUCGAAUUUCAGGAAACAUAUUACACCCAAAGGAAAUCGUAGUGGAAACUGGGGAAAAUGCUAUCUUUAACUUCUCAACAAAGAAUGGGAACCCGAUUCUUGCGGCUCAGUUCGGUUUGAAGGGAGAAGGAGAAUACCUUAAGGCAAAAUUUAUCAUCGUGACUCAGUUACAUGGCAUAGAGUGUGGCAAAGAUUUCAAUUCUUCCGAAGGAUAUCGUUAUAGAAACCGAAUUUUUUUCGUUGGAAACAUUACGGCAGGCCGUGCCUGGUUUAAGAUUACAAACGUGGAAGAAAAUGACACAAAUACUUAUCAAGUGGGAGUUCGUGAAAACACCGACGUGUACAAAAUGUACACUGUGAAAUUAGUGGUGAAAAGGAAAACUGAGACAUCGUCGCCCACGACACCGUCUGGAACUACCGAACAGACAAAAUCAAAGGCGAUUACAGCUAAUGGACCGAUAGCGAAGAUAAUUCCGAAACCCAUUGAAGUGAAUCGCGACCCUCCUUAUGGUUUACUUGCAUUGGCUAUUGCCAUAACCUUUGUAUAUGCAAUGUAUACAUUAUAUAUGAAGAGGCGGUACAGGCUCGAGAACUGGAAUGCUCUUACCAUCAACAGCGAUGUUAGUGUCAUCAGCAAACAUUCGUGCUGAGGCUGUAUCCAAGCAGUUAGGUAAACCGUUGAUAAAAAUUAGAAAAAGUAAUGGCCCAAGAUUAAUGCCUUGAGGCACACCAAAUCUUACUGCACUUUGGCCAGACAGGCUUCCGUGUACCAAAGAUCUCUGCAAUCGAUUUGUUAGAUAAGACCUAAACCAGGAAACUGACAGUUGGUCUAUGACACCGUAUAGUUUAUCAUUUUAGUUAACAAAAUCUCAGUAUCAAUAGUGUCAAAAGCUUUUUGUUGUAAAUCAAUAAAGAUGACACCAUUAAACAAGCCCCUGUCAAUAUUAACCGACAUGCAGUUAGAGAACUGUGCAGUGUACGGAAGCCUGAUUGGCAAGUCGCUAACAAUUCAUUUGUAUUUAAGUAAGUAUAGAGUUGGUCGAGUACAAUUUUUUCGAACAAUUUUAGAUAUAGUGAACACUAAUGAAAUUGGUCUGUAAUUACUAUUUACAUCAUUUUUGUCUCCCUUAUUAAAGAUAGGUGUUACUCUGGCUAAUUCCCACUCGCAUAGAUUGACCAAAAUUUCCAGCUAGGGAUGGUCCAACGAUUUCGGCUACUAAUUUUAACGAGUUAUUGGGAAUUCCAUCAAGACCCACUGCUUUGUUCACAUCAAUGCUGCUUAGAAGAUCACAGGCAGUUUUAACAUUGUGGCAGAAUCGAGAAAACAGUAUGAGCAGGUCUCAGAUAGAAUUCAGGUUUGUUGGUUAAAGGAGGUAAAUUGUCAGCCAAGUCUGAGCUAUAUUUGUGAGGUGAUCGUUAAAUAAUUCAUCAAUUUCAAUUCAAGAAGUGAUUUUAUGAUUAUCAAUUUUAAGCUCAGAUAUAUUUUUAGAUUUAGUGGACUUACCCAAAGUUAGGAAGAGCGCAGAAAAAACUGAAAAUGACCGUGAGUCAACAACUAAUGAACACACAAAUUGAUGUUUUUUUUUUU